CCUCUUGGCUGAGAUACUAACUAUUUAUGUGAUGGGACUGGUUGGAAAAAAGUGCAUUAUUCCUACCACUGGUUUAAAAUGGAACACGAAUGCAAGUGAUCUCCUCUGUACUUGGGAAACACUCUUAAGAGUGUGAGAUGCUUUCCUUUUCCAAGGUCUAUACGAGUUAAAUUUCUUAGUCAAUGUUUUAUCUGUUUUAUUAUUUUUUUCCCAAGAGAAAAAAACUUCCCAGAUGAACACAGAAAUUGUGUUGACUUUAGAUAACAGUGUCAGUGUGUGUGCUCUUUGUUUAACCCAGCGGCCUGCUCUGGUGAAGGUCGAGGAGCUUCAAUCGCAGAUAAAGCAAACAGCAGUUGUGGUUUCAUUCACCUUUCUUUACAUCACUGAGGAACACCACGUGGCAUGACAGAACCAGGAGAAAUAGCGUAUUUAGGGAUUAAAACGAGCAAACCAAAGCAUUCCUUAUCCAUGUGCUUUCUUUUCCAGAACACCUGUUGCAGCCAUGAUGCCCGUUGCAACCCUGAUGCCCGAUGACACGCCGAUGUUUGACCCAAAUAUUCUCCAUGAACUCGACUGGAGCGAGAACACGACGACAUUUUCUCCUGCUAUUUCUCCUUUAGAUCCAGGAGAUGGUCUAGUUUUGAGACCGCUUUGCACGGCCGAUUUAAAUCGAGGCUUUUUUAAGGUUCUGGGUCAGCUGACGGAAACUGGAGUUGUGAGCCCAGAGCAGUUUAUCAAAACCUUCGAGCACAUGAAGAGAUCUGGAGACUACUACGUUACUGUCAUAGAAGACACCAAUCUUGGACAGAUUGUUGCUACGGCAACGCUGGUGAUAGAACAUAAGUUCACUCACUCCUGUGCAAAGAGAGGACGGAUAGAGGAUGUAGUAGUCAGCGGGGAGUCCAGAGGAAAGCAGCUCGGUAAACUAUUAACGGCCACCCUGACGUUGCUAAGUAAGAGACUGAACUGUUACAAAAUUACACUGGAGUGUCUGCCAAAAAACGUGGAUUUCUAUAAGAAGUUUGGUUAUUUGGUAUCUGAAGAAAACUACAUGUUUCAACGGUUCUUUAAUUAA